UGGAUUGUCCCUCCCGGCUCCCGUUGCUUACCCCACUUCCUCUCCUGCCCGGAGUAGCCAUGGCGGCUAUGAGCCUGCUGCAGCGGGCUUCGGUCACCGCGCUGACAGCGCUGUCUGUCCGCCGUGCUGGCGCUAGACUCGGAGUCGGAAGCUUUCUCACACGGAGCUUUCCGAAGACUGUCGCUCCUGUGCGGCACAGUGGGGACCAUGGCAAGAGACUGUUCGUCAUCAAGCCUACUUCGUACUACGACAGUCGCUUUUUGAGGUUGCUGAAAUUCUACCUUAUGUUGACUGGGGUUCCAGUUCUGAUUGGCAUAACGCUGGUGAAUGUAUUUAUUGGUGAAGCUGAACUCGCAGAAAUCCCAGAAGGCUACAUCCCAGAACACUGGGAGUAUUACAAGCACCCAAUAUCAAGAUGGAUUGCCCGAACUUUCUAUGAUUGUCCCGAAAAGAAUUAUGAAAAAACCCUGGCUAUCCUCCAGAUUGAGUCUGAAAAGGCUGACUUGAGGUUAAAGGAGCAGGAAGUUCGAAGACUGAUGCGGUCCCGGGGUGACGGGCCCUGGUUUCAUUACCCAACCCCCGAGAAGGAAUUCAUUGAUCAUUCUCCAAAAGCAACUCCUGACAACUGAUCAUCCAUUAGUCUAAGAACAGCAUGUUCUUUCUAGUAGAAAGAAAUGAAUAAAUAUUCUGUAUUUUC